AUGAAUUCUCCUUCCUUCCCUGAAGCCUGUGUUGUGUGGUUUGAACAGAAGAGGGCGCUCAGAGAGCAGUGGCUGAUGCAGGACUCAGCCGUCCACCAGCAGUCUGAUCUGCAGCAGAGCCGAGCUCUGUUCCUCAACAUCCACAGGAUGGAAAAGGAGGUGGACUUCCUGGAGAGGCAGGAGGCGAUGGUUUCCACCAAUGAAAGCCUCAUCCUCACCCGACUGAAGGCUAUGGAGAAAAGUCCAGAGGAACUCAUCCAGGAGGCCCGAUACAGCUGGACUGUAUUACCCGAACCGACCGGCAGUCAUCUCUCAGGCUUUCCCAGCCCAUCAGCCAACAACCUGAACACUCCAGCAAACACUCUGUUCGGCGUGGAAAUCAAUGUGACUGAAAACAUGUUAACUGGUUCUAGAGGAAAUGUUUCUGCUGAGGAACGUUGCCUCCAGUCUGGGCUCCAGGUCUGUGACGAAGACAGCAGGUGUCCUCUGCAGGUACUGGUCCUAACCCAUAGGGUCCAGUCUGUUAGUCAGCAGCCUGUUCUGGACUCGGGAGUCAAGAGGUGUUUUACCGAGCUGUCAGCCAGAAGCCAACCAGAAAAGCAAAACUACCUUUCAGGCUUUAGUCGAUGUCAUCAUCAAGAUGGAAAGAAAACCAAGGGAGGACAUCAUGGUAACUACAUCCACCAAGGAACGACAGAUGGGAAAAAUGUUAACUUCAGGCAAACCUGGCAGAAGAGACCCCAUGAUGAGCACAGCUACAGUCCCAGCUCAACAGCCUAUUGGGGGCUUUGUCCACAUGAUGACGACCAGAGAGACUCCCACAGCAGACUGUGUGAGAUGAGAAGCUGCGGCUGCAUCUUCAAAGAUGGACCUGCUAUUCCCCACAGAAGCAGACGCGAUGGGACAGUCUGUCGGACAGAGUUGUGCCACAACACAGCGGGAUUUCUUCCUUCUGUUGACAAAAGCAAGUUUUACUGCUACUACACAUCAAGCAUCCGACCAGAGAGCGGCUGCAACCGUUGGACUGCUCUGUACAGUGACCCCGCCCACUGCAGCAGGCUGCCCUCCCCUCUGUGCGCCGAAGACCAGCCUUACACCAUCCUCCACUCCGCAGAGAGCUCUGAGCCAAUCACAGCCAUCUUCAUGGGUUUCCACACAGCUCAGGAUGAUAGCGGGCAGCUUCAGGAGUGUGAGGGAACCCUAAAGGCGGAACUGGUCAAAAUUGAAGACCAUAGUGAAGAGGGGAAGAAGGUUAACCAGGUUUCAGAAAGAUGCCCAUCAAAAAGAAACCAGGGAGGGCGUUGGUCAGAGAAGAAGGUGGAGCCAGGUGUCAGAAACCUUAAAGAAAAACAGAAGCUCUGCUGUACGGUGGCCUGA